AGAUACCGAAGGAUUGGCGGAUACUAAGUGAGUUGGGGUGGGGCUGGCGGAAAGCGAGACCCCACCCGCUGUCGCUGGGGCCCGGGAGCUUGAAAGGCCCUAAUUUCUGCACAGGGCUUGGGGCCAGCGCGCCCGCCAGGUCUCAUCUCCAGGCCAGGGGUGUCCGGGGCAGAGGGCGGGCUCAGCGGCCUGGCGGAACCGAGCCGGGAAGAGGACGAGUGAGUCAGCUUCACGCGGAGCAGGAAGCCGAUUGGAGGCCGGGGGCGGCAGGCGCGAGCGCCCCGGCACGUCUGCAGGCUCCACCGGGAGGUGGCGGCCGCUGAGAGGCGGGAGCGGCGAGGGCGGGCCGGGGUGGUGACCCGGAGGUGGAGCCGUCCAGGGCCGGGUCCGCGCGGGCUUCAUCUGCGGGCUCACGGCCUGCGCCCCAGUGCUGGAGACUCCGAGCGCCGGGCAACGAGUGGCCGGAGUGGCAAUGGGCCGCCGCUGGAGCUUCCUGAUCGGCCUUCUGGGCGCAGUGUAUCUGCUGGGCUCGGUUCGCGGCGAGCAGCAGCCGUCAGAGACCGCGGCGCAGAGGUGCUUCUGCCAGGUUAGCGGAUACUUGGAUGACUGUACCUGUGAUGUUGAAACCAUUGAUAGAUUUAAUAACUACAGACUUUUCCCAAGGCUACAACAACUUCUUGAAAGUGACUACUUUAGAUAUUACAAGGUAAACCUGAAAAAACCAUGUCCUUUCUGGAAUGACAUUAGCCAGUGUGGAAGAAGAGAUUGUGCUGUUAAGCCUUGCCAAUCUGAUGAAGUUCCUGAUGGAAUUAAAUCUGCAAGCUACAAAUAUUCCGAAGAAGCCAAUAAUCUAAUUGAAGAAUGUGAACAAGCUGAACGACUCGGAGCUGUGGAUGAAUCUCUGAGUGAAGAAACACAGAAGGCUGUUCUUCAGUGGACCAAACACGAUGACUCCUCAGACAAUUUCUGUGAAGCUGAUGACAUACAGUCUCCUGAUGCUGAAUAUGUAGAUUUGCUCCUUAAUCCUGAGCGCUACACUGGUUACAAGGGACCGGAUGCUUGGAAGAUAUGGAAUGUCAUCUAUGAAGAAAACUGUUUUAAGCCACAGACAAUUAAAAGACCUUUAAAUCCUUUGGCUUCUGGUCAAGGGAAAAGUGAAGAGAACACUUUUUAUAGUUGGCUGGAAGGCCUCUGUGUAGAAAAAAGAGCAUUCUACAGACUUAUAUCUGGCCUACAUGCAAGCAUUAAUGUGCAUCUGAGUGCACGGUAUCUUUUACAAGAUACCUGGUUGGACAAAAAAUGGGGUCACAAUAUUACAGAAUUUCAGCAGAGAUUUGAUGGAAUUUUGACUGAAGGAGAAGGUCCAAGAAGGCUAAAAAACUUAUAUUUUCUCUACUUAAUAGAAUUAAGAGCUUUAUCUAAAGUGUUACCAUUUUUUGAGCGCCCAGAUUUUCAACUCUUCACUGGAAAUAAAGAUCAGGAUACAGAAAACAAAAUGUUACUUCUGGAAAUACUUCAUGAAAUCAAGUCAUUUCCUUUGCAUUUUGAUGAAAAUUCUUUUUUUGCUGGGGAUAAAAAAGAAGCAAACAAACUAAAGGAGGACUUUCGACUACAUUUUAGAAAUAUUUCAAGAAUCAUGGAUUGUGUUGGUUGUUUUAAAUGUCGAUUAUGGGGAAAGCUUCAGACUCAGGGUUUGGGCACUGCUCUGAAGAUCUUGUUUUCUGAGAAACUGAUAGCAAAUAUGCCGGAAAGUGGACCUAGUUAUGAAUUCCAUCUAACCAGACAAGAAAUAGUAUCACUACUUAAUGCAUUUGGAAGAAUUUCUACAAGUGUGAAAGAAUUAGAAAACUUCAGAAACUUGUUACAAAAUAUUCAAUAACAAAAAUUAGUUGAAAUACCUGUUUCUGGACAGUAAAGAAUAAACAGCGGGAUUUCACUUAAAGGCAUAAUUGCAAUGACAGUCUUAAGUCAAGCAUUUUAUAUAAAGUUACUUUUGUAAGAGGAGAGUUACAAUGCUUUAAGAAAGCAAAAAUUUUAAGUUGUAUUAAGUCUACAUAUACUGUUGUUGUGAAGAAAAGUAAUACUUUGAUAAUGUGAAGCAAAUUUUAAAGUUUGUUAUCAAAUUGAAAUGCUUAAUUUCAUAUAUUGUAAAACUAAGUUAUGUUUUAAAUCUUUCAAACUAGAAUUUUGUGUCACAUAAAUACAACUGUGGCUAAUGAAAUCAUCAUUUAGUAUGAAUAUGCUAAAUAGCAUUAUGAGUGGACCACAAUUAACAGCCUAAAGUUUUUUAGUCCAUUUAGGGUUACUAGACUUAGUAAAUAAAAAUAUAGACUGUCUGGUUACUUUUGAAUGUCAGAUAAACAACACAGUUAUUUUAGUUGUUAUUGUUUGUUUAAUAUAAGUAUGUUGCAUGCAAGUUGGUACAAACUUAUACUAAAACAUCUUUCUUAUUUAGAAUUCAUAUUUAACUGGGUGGCCUUAUUUUAUCUGACAACCAUAAAACUUUGGUAUGAAGCAGAUCACCUUUAGAAUUAUAUUGCUAUUUUGAUUGGGUUGUUUGGUAUAGAAAGACACGAUGACAACUCAAAGGCAUAUGAGAUUUCUAAACAUUGCAAAAAGUUGAAUAGAUUUGUAUACUUAUUCUUAUAACUUUCCCUAAUAUUGAAUAAAACAUUUUAUUUUUAUAUAAUUUCAAAUUUAUAGCCAAAUUUUCAGGAUAGUAUGAAGAUUCGCUAAUAGUUUAUAAUAGCUUUAUCUUUCAUACUCUGAUCAUCUGAAAGUCAGUUAUAGGUAUUAUACCCUUUGAACCCUAAAUACUUUGUUGUGUUAUUCUGAAUAGUUUUUCUUUUGUAUAGUUUUUUUUUUAAAUAAAAAAUAUUUAGAACUCUAAGGCUUAGGAUAAGGAAAGAGUUCCAAUCUAAAGUGCUUUGUGAGUUUUGUUGGCCUUUUUGAGUUUGAUAUGUAUAUUUAUAGGACAUAUUAUUUUAUUUUUUAUUUUUGUGCUUGAAGUUCAUUUCCUUUUUCACCCUAAAACCUGUAAUUUUGGGAGGAUUUCAUUAAUGGAAACUCUUUAAUGAUCAAAAUACUUUGGCUUAGACUUUUAAAUCACAUUAUGAUUAUAGGGGGAAGAAGAAACUGUAUACCUCAGAAUCAUCUGCCCUUUUUAAUAUGUGUCUUAGCAGGUAAACCAUAUUGAGCUGUCAUAUUACUGAUAAAGCAGAGUUUAUUUUCAUAAUGGUUUAGAAAUGUCAUCUUAUACUUUUCUGUGUCCGUAGGACUUGGUAUAGUGCCAAAUAGAGGGUUUCCAAUAAAUACUGAAUUAAUAUAUGCAUAUAUAUUUAUUAUAUUUUAAAUGAAUUUAUUAUAGAACCAAAUGUAACCAUAUGUGACCUAUUCUCUCCCUCUCUCUCUUUCUCACUCUCUGUCAUGCACACACACAUUUUCUCAGAUUAGGAGAGGAAAAGAAGCCAUUAACCUACAAUUUAGGUCAUAUUAUUGGAGACUUAGAGGACUACUAAAUGAACACAAUAUAUAAAAGUUUAGGGACAUUGUGGCACUCUGAAAAUAUGUAGGUGGGUUUAAAUGAUAAUUUUGUAUGUAAAUCUCUGACAUGCCUUUACACUCAUUUAAUAGUCUAUCUUUUUGAAAGGACAUUUCUUUCUUUGCUUUGUUAUGACCCUUUAGGUCCUUUAACUAAAAUCUAUCUUCUGGCUUUUUCUCUCUUUUUUUCUUUUUUCUUUUUUUUUUUUUUUUUUACCAGAGGACUGCUCAGCUCUGGUAAAUGUGGGGGACGAACCUGGGACUUUGGUGCCUCAGGCAUGAGUCUCUUUGCAUAACCAUUAUGCUAUCUACCCCCACCCUGGCUUUUUUCUUUUGAAGCCAAAAACUCCAAUUCUAAAUCUGUAGUACAGUUCAUAAGCCAUCUAAGAAAUAUUUUAUUUUAAUCAGAGACCAGAGCACUGCUCAGCUCUGACUUAAUGAUGGUGCUGGGGACUGAACCUGGGCUCUUGGAGCUUCAGGUAGGAGAGUCAUUUACAUAGCCAUUAUGCCAUCUCGCCAGCUCCAUAUUUUCUUUUAAAAUUCAUUUAUGAGAGAGAGACAGACAGACACUAGAGCAUGGCUCAGCUCUUGCAUUUGGUGGUGACUUUGAUUGAAACUAGACCUCAGGCAAGCAAGUCUAGUGCACUCCCACUAAAGAAUCUCAGUUCCUAGAGUUUUUUGUUACUGAACUACCCCCCUCCCCCAGUAUGUUCUACUGUACUGUUCACAACCUGUUUUCCUUCUUGAGUUCUUUACAUUUCACUAGGUCUUGGAUUUUAAAAAAUUAUUUAUUUUUUUAUUGCCACCAGGGUUAUUGCUGGGGCUCAGUGCCGGUACUACAAACCCACUGCUCCUGGUGGCCAUUUUUUCCUUUUUUCUUCUUCUUUUAAUUAGGUAGGACAGAGAGAAAUUGAGAGAAGAUGGGGAGAUAGAGGGAGAGAAAGACAUUUGCAGACCUGCUUCACUGCUGUUGAAGUAGACCUCCUGCAGGUGGGGAGUGGUGGUUCAAACCUGGGUCCUUGAGCUUGGUAAUAUGUGUGCUUAACUGGUGCACCAUCACCUGGCCCCCCCUCAUUUACUAAUACUACUUCUUCCUUCCUUCCUUCCUUCCUUCCUUCCUUCCUUCCUCCCUCCCUCCCUCCCUCCCUCCCUUCCUUCCUUCCUUCCUUCCUUCCUUCCUUCUUUCUUAGCCACAGCACUGCUAGGCUCUGGUAUAUGGUGGAACAGUGGACUGAACCUGGGACUUGGGAGCCUCAGGCAUGAGAGUCUGUUUGCAUAAACAUUAUGCUAUCUACCCCUGCCCCUAAUUUACUUCUUAAAUGCUAUUCCUGAAGAUUUUCCUCUUGCUCAUUCCAGUGCAACUAUUUGUAAAUCUUUAUCUUUAGUCCAGACUUCUCACUCCAUCUACCUACUGCAUAUCUUUCAUUGAUUAGUCCCAUAGAUACUACUGUAUAUGUCUUAAAAUGCUCAUUCUAACCCAGGUCCACUCUUAUUCUUAUAUUUCUUACUUUGGUUCAUUUCAAAGUCAUCAUCUAAAUUCUCUUUAUUUUUUUUAAUUAUUUAUUAGAAAAGUAGGAGAGAAAGAACCAGACACCUCUCUGGUACAUGUGCUGCCAAGGAAUGAACUCAGGAUUUCAUGCUUGAGGGUCUUAAUACUUUAUCCACUGAGCCACCUCCUGGACCAACAUCUAAGUUCUGUAGAAUCACUUAUUUCCUCCAUCUUCCUCCUAUCCAGUCAAUGUCUAACUGCUAUGAAUUUUAUUUCUGUGUUUCUGAUAUAUCUGUUUUUCCAUUGUCACUGUUCUUAUUUGAAGGAAUGUACUAUGAUGUCUCCUUGAAUUUAGCCUGUCACCUCUUUUUCUCCACACUGCUAUCAGAGUUGACUUUCUAGAAGCACCCUAACAAUGUUACUCCACACAUACACCCUUCAGUGACUUCAUAAACUUUUGUUAGAAAAAUCUGAUCUUUUUGUUUGCUAUGCAGGAUUCUCUCUGAUAUAUGUCUAUGCCCAUCCUCCACCUUGUACUGUUAACACAGAUGACACUUCUUCAGAUUCACCAUUGUCAGGCCUCUAUACUUUGGUGCAUGUUAUAAAGUGCUCUAGCCAUCCUUCCACAAGUGGGAAAUGAUUGUAUAUUUGCAGAGCUAGCAUAAAAAAAUCACCUCUGUGGAGUCUCCCUUGGUCUUUCCAAAGAGGAUUAUCUUGUACCCUGUUUUGUGUCACCACUGUAAUUAUAAGCUACCUCUAUUGUAUUACUUAUUGUACUGUACUGUUUACCUUUUAAAGCCUCUUUUACUAGAAUGUGAGCUUCUUAAAGGCAGGAAAAGGAAUUUUAUCCAUUUUUUUGCAUUUCCAUGUUAUUAUUAUCUUUGGCAUAUUAACACUUUAAAUUAAAACAUGUUUGGAUACAUUGCUUUUUAAAGUGACAGCUGUAUCAUACUAGAGAUCACACCUUCCACUUCAAAUAUUAAUUACAGUGAGCCAAGACUUCCAAGGAUUUGUGGACUUGGGGGCAGGGGAAAGGCAUCAAUAAAGUUCUUAAAAUUGUA